UCAUAUAGUGCGCAUUACCUGACAAUAUGGUCAUCGAAAUACACUUGUUCGUUUACAGAAUUUAAGAUUUGGAUGAUACAAGGAUAUCAAUUGUGAUUCGUUAUCGCGAUAUCCCUGUAAAUAUGAGUGUUGUUAUUUGCAAAUAUCGUGACUUUCAGUGAGCGGCGGAGAGAUCCCCAUUGGCGGUUGUUAGGUCGAGUUGCUGAAGCAGGAGAUUGGCAAGAUGACGGCCAACGAAAUAGAAAACCGGCAGAAGCUUUUGCGAGCCGUUAAAAAGGAGGUAAAACAGAUCAUGGAAGAGGCUGUGACCAGAAAGUUUGUCCAUGAAGAAAGUAGCAGUAUCACAUCACUGAGUGGUGCGGUUGAGGCUUGUUUGCUCCAUGGACUCAGGAAACGUGCUCUGGGCCUGUUUAAACACAGCACCACCACUGCCCUUCUACAGAAAGUCUCCAAGAACUUCGAGCCUGCCGCAGUCAUUCUGAAGCUUCUCUCUGAUGUAGAGUCUAGCAAUGACCCUAACAAGUAAGUCAGAUUUUGUUUUAGUAUAGCCAAAGAGUGAAUUUUAGGGUAAUUUUGUCACAGUUUUAAGGGAAAUAUUGUCACAAGGUGAUGUUCAGAUUAAUUUGAUUACAAGGUGGUGUUCAGAUUAAUUUGAUUACAAGGUGGUGUUCAGAUUAAUUUGGUUACAAGGUGUUGUUCAGAUUAAUUUGGUUACGAGGUGAUGUUCAGAUUAAUUUGGUUAAAAGGAGUUCAGGUUAAUUUUGUCAGAGGGUGAUGUUUAGGUGUUAUGGAAGUGUGCCCCAACAGUUGACUGUUAACAUUGUCAUGAGCGAUGGUUAGGAAGUAUUGUCAGAGGGUGAUGUUUAGGUGUUGUGGAAGUGUGCCCCAACAGUUGACUGUUAACAUUGUCAUGAGCGAUGGUUAGGAAGUAUUGUCAGAGGUUGAUGCUCAGGUUGAUGUUAUCUCUUUACAGCAUCUUUGCAAUCAACUAAAAAUACAAACACAAUUGCAAUG